ACCCUGGUCAACCUCCAUCAGCUCUUGGGACAGAACCGUUUUCAAGAAGUCCGGGAAAGAUACAUGAGCAAGAUCUAUUAGCUAUUCGAGAACCGCCAUCAAUUAGCUUGAAAAAUUCCGUCAAAAUGAACGAGGCCGUAUUCAACGACCUGACCUCGAUGGGGUUCGACCCGGCGCAGUCCCGUAAAGCGGCGAUGUGUUUUACGGAUGCUCAGACAGCCAUCGAUUGGAUUUUUGCUGGUGGCAAGGAAGAAGAUUUACCGACCCAAGGACCACCUGACUGGCCUAUGCAAGGUCCUCCUGAUCUACCUACCCGAACAAACACCCCGCGGUAUACGGAUACGCCAUCUCAACCUAGUCCUACCGUUUCAGAGUUUGGCGAAACGACACCUGCUGCGGGGAAUGGUUUCAACCCACAAGGAAUGUCCGAGGACCAAGCGUUGGAAGCGGCCAUCCGAGCGUCUCAACAGGAAACGACCCAUACUGCUUCUGCUUCCUCUUCUUUAGCUUUCAAGCCGUAUCCGUCGUACAAGACCCAUGACCACAGACCGGCCUCGCAAUACUUGCCACCUCCAGGACCUCCACCGGCUGACUACAACGACAAGAGGUCGAGCGAGAGGAGAGGGACGAGGUCGCCCACCCCGGGUCCUCCGGAAAUUGAGAAGAGGAAAGAAGGCCAGUUCGUAGUGGGGUCUAAUAACCCUUUCAGGAACGCUAUGACGCCACCCGGUCCCGCUCCUGGUCCUGGCCUCACGAAUGCAGAAUCCGUAGGUCCCUCGACACCUACGGAAGAGGGUCAAGGCCAAGGCAAACCGAUCGGCACAGCGACGACCACGCCGAAGAAUGUACACUUCCAGCCGCCGUCCGACCCUACUACUAAACCGCUGUUUGCGAGUCCUGGGUUUUGGAGCGCUGAUUCAGCGCCGCCGCUCAAGAAGGUGGAUGAUAGUGUGGUUGAUCUUGACGGAUCGAGGGGGAUGGUCUUGGCGCCUCGUGAGGAAGGUUUGGAAGAGGAUACCGAGAUGACAUCGGCAGAUCAACCGUCCAAGCCAUCGCAGAACUCGGCGGCUCGAUAUAAUCGACCAGACAGCCCACCCCCUAUGGACACGUACCCGACCGACUCGGACGAAGAGGCCGCAGCGGUGGAGAGGGCCAUCAAGGCUUCGCUCUCGGCAGCGUCCAUCUCCAAAAAGGAACCGGACGAUGGUGCCGAGGAGAGCAAGGUAGAGCAGGCUGUCAAUACCGAUGUAGCCAUGGUGGAUACGGAUAUACAGGCUGCAACGGAUGCAUUGUCAGAUUGGAGGCAGAACGAGGAUGAGGAUGAUGUGAUACCCUUCCGGGAAACGAAUGCACCCCUGGCGGUACGGAGCAAGUCGGCCAACAGCGUCUGGGCAGCACACGUCGUGCAAGCUUUGGUAUCGUUGCCUGCAGUCCGUCGAGCGGUGGAGGACAUUGAUACCAGCGACGAACGUCUGGCCGGCCAGCUCGAUGCGAAUACCCUGGAUUUUCUCAUACAGGUAGUACAGGCCCAUAACGACCCAUCCAAGGCCUACACGAAUGUCACGCUCAAGUUGGCGCAUCUCCACUUGUGCACGGGAUCGACGCAUCUGAGUCGACCGACAUAUGAGGCGGUACGGCACGCGUUGGAGCAGCUGGAGGCCGGACCAUCGGAGCCGAAUCAAGCCACCCGUGAGAUUGGUACACCGGCUCCGUUGAAGCUAGCAUCGAAAGAAUCAGAGCAAAGCCUCUUCAGAAGUUUCAUAAAUACACCAGAUGGAAGGCUAGGACCACAGAGCGACCUGAUCUGGACAUUAGCGCACGACCCAAGCCGUAGCAAGACGGUCUCGGACACGAUUGCCGACUUUCUCGAUCAGAAGAGCCCGGAUGGAGGAUUCACCCGGUUGAGCGACGUCUUCUGUAUCGCUAUGCACAAGGCGGAUCGGAAGCACGGCCAAUCGGGGGGAGAAGUCUUGGUCGAGCUAAAGGAGACUAUGUUUAUGGACCGCUUCGUGCUGGACAACCAAGAGCUGGUGAACGGGAUCAAAGCCGAGCAGACUACGCUCAAGGGCCGGAUUGAUACCGCUCGUGACGCGAUCGACAAGUUGACCAAGCACAAGGGGGAGGAGAUCGAAAAGAUGAUCGACAGGACGAUCAAGCAUUAUGAAGGGGAGUAUGGCCCGGGUGGCAGUGACGAGGAGGCUAGGACGAUACGGACGACGACGAUAACCCAGUUACAAGCGGUCAAAGCAAAGUUAGCUUCUCAACGUGAUGAAAUGAUGGUAUCGCUACAACAUGACGAGGCAAAGAUGGCGGCACUAUGGGACAAGCCAGAGCUUAAGCGAAACAAGUACAACCUGCACGCAGUGUGCUUUAACAGCGGAUGGACGGGAAUGAACGCUAUCCGGUCGUAUAUAAAGGGAACAGGGGAUCAAUGGUGGCGUAUUCAAGAAAAGACGAUAGAAAAGACGUCUUUCGGAGAGCUCGCUGCGGAUAAUUGGGGAUUGAUGUUCGAUCAAGGACCGUUCUUCCUCGUCUACACCCGGGCUCCGGAUAACCCUCCUCGUAUGCAGGGAGCCGAGUCGGUCGGAGAGAUGAAGCAGGAGGAAGCGGUCGAGAUCAAGACUGAACAUAUGGAAGCUGUCCAGCCGGCACCGGAGCCGACUCUACCUGAGAGCACAGCGCCCACUCAGGAUGCGGCACCUAUCGAGGAAGCAUCAGCACCUGAGCAGCAGGAAGAAGCAAAGCCCCAGACUGGGGAUCUCUUGGGGCUCGAUGUCGUAGCUGGAGAGACUGAAGGCGGUACGAAGUCCAGCGGAGGUGCUUGAAUGUCACCGACCUAUACCAUGAUUAUAUCACGUGACUUCCAGUUCGUCAUCUCGGUGACUUUUGCGGGAUCGAAGCCGCAUUCGCUUCGGGAUGAAGAUUGUCCGUUUCUCACUCGUCCCAAUGUCGAUCUGUCGUCCGGCUAUGAGAUGUUCUUGAGGACAAGUGUAUACAUAUAUAGGUACAACGAGCUGAAAAGAUGUAGCGACUACCUUCUCCUCGCCAACAAAGCUAUACAAAACCCACUCUCCUCCCGACAACCGUACUCAAAAACAACAGUUUGACGAGAUGAUUCCGGGAAAGCAAAACGCUCGAUUCGUCGAGAUUGCCGAAUCCCUCAAACCGCA